AUGGAUCGUGGACUUUCAACAAGCACCCGAAUCGAUGAUGAGGGCCUUCGGGAGAGGAAUGUGGCCUCUCAGUCUACCUCGACUCUUAGUCCCGAGGCUCUCACGGCCACUGGUGACGUAGAGCUCAAGGACAAGACUGGUAAGGACUGCAAGACAUUUGGUCGGACACCUGAUGGUACCGUAUUCACGGUGCCGCAAACUCAUGACAUGGUCUCUCAACUCUUGUCCCCCUCGGAACCAAAGAAUCUCUCUGACGUGAUUGUUCUCGCAAUCCUUGGUGCUCACAUACUUCUUCUAUGGCAGCUUCCCACUGGUGCGAAGGUGCCUGUUUUUGCCAUCAUCUACCUUUUCUGGCGUGCGGCCUACAACGCUGGAAUUGGAUGGCUUCUUCAUAACCAAUCUCACCACAAAACACUGGUCCGCUGGGCUGAGAAAACCAAGGUCUUUGUGAAUCCCGCUACGGGCAAGAACCCCCAUCCUAACGUGUACAACUUUUUUAAGCGGGAGCUGGAAACUAAGAUUCCCCACGACUAUUCAUUCGAUGAAGCCCCAAUUGAGUAUAACACAUGGCUCGUUUUUAGACGGCUUGUGGAUCUGAUACUAAUGUGCGACUUCGUGUCCUACUGUCUCUUUGCAAUAGCUUGUAGUCACCACCCUGUCAACGAGAGCGUGUUGAUGACUGUCCUGCGAUGGUCCGCCGGUAUCGUGUUGGUGCUGUUCAACCUUUGGGUCAAGCUCGACGCUCAUCGGGUGGUAAAGGACUUUGCCUGGUACUGGGGCGAUUUCUUUUAUCUCAUUGACCAGGAACUGACGUUCGACGGCGUCUUCGAGAUGGCACCCCAUCCAAUGUAUUCGGUUGGCUACGCUGGCUAUUACGGUAUCUCCCUGAUGGCCGCGAGCUAUAAAGUGCUUUUCAUUUCUAUAAUCGCCCAUGCGGCUCAAUUCGCUUUCCUAGUGCUUGUCGAGAACCCACAUAUUGACAAGACGUACAAUCCUCCACCGUCCCGCAAGCGUUCAGCAGAGCAGGAAACUGGAUCUGUCUCAAGCCGCACUGCCGAUUCUCCCAUUGCGCCAACGCCGAUUGAUGAACAAAUCCCCCACGCGCCAACCUUUUCAAGCAGCCCACCGCAGUCAGUCCAUGAGCUAUUAGGACUCCACAAUCUGGACCUGUAUCGGAUAACGGAUACUUCAUCUGUUCUUAUCCAGUUCCUCGUAUUUGCUCUCACAGUGUUGACACCCUCUACACCUUGGUACCAAUUUCUUUUCGUAGCUAACGCUGCUGUGUGGAGACUUUGGUUCUCGAUCGGUGUGGGGUACAUGCUCCAUCGCCAGUCGAAUCAUAAGGCCUGGACCCGACACUUCGUUAAGUAUGGUGAAACUCCUCAGGAGGCAUGGAAUCAGUGGAAAGGCACGUAUCAUUUGAGCAUGAUCAUGUGUUACGCCAGUUUCAUUGCUGCAGUAUGGAAGAUGUACAACUUUCCUGCUGAUUGGGGGUACGGCCUGGUCUUGCUCCGCCAUGUCUUGGGAGCAGGCCUCAUUAGUUUACAAAUUUGGACUUCGGUCAGCAUCUAUGAGUCUCUUGGUGAAUUUGGCUGGUUCUACGGUGACUUCUUCUUUGAUGGCUCGUCCAAGUUGACGUAUAAUGGGAUCUAUCGUUUCUUGAACAACCCUGAGCGUGUACUGGGUCUGGCCGGCGUCUGGGGCGCGGUUCUUAUCACCAGCAGCGGGGCCAUAACUUUUUUGGCCCUUCUCAGUCACAUUCUCAGCCUAGCUUUCAUCCAAUUUAUCGAGCGUCCGCAUAUGCAGAAGCUGUAUGGCCAGAGUCUGCGACAGGAUGCGGGGCUUGUGAAAAGCCUGAAAAAGUCACUGCCACCUACUCUUAGACAGCUCCACGGCAGCGUGGAUAAGAUCUUCGACGAGUCAUUCGAGUUUAUCGAAGAGAUUAUCGAGACGGCACGACCGAAACUCGCUAAUGGUGUCAACACAUUCGUGAAGGAUACCACUGCUCUCUUCCAGAGUUACCCCGCCCGUGUCACCAUCUCACGCAUUGACGAAGAUCUGGCCGGAUAUGAUUCGCGGGACUAUUCCCUAGAAGUUGAAGGCACUGACUCAUCCUCUUUGGCUGAACAUGAUCAAAGCACUGGUAGAGAGGGCGCUAACGCUCGCAUGCCCCUUGAUAGACGUGGUGACCUGAAAAACCUUGUUUUCGAAUAUGGUGCGCCGAUUCGGGUCAAGUGGACUGCACCUCUGAAUCAUAGCAAGAAGGACUGGAUUGGCUUGUACAAGGUCACCGAUAAUACAUCCCGUGAAGUUACCCGGGUUUCGUCUCAAGGAAGGUGGAUUGCCGUCAAUGAAGGCGCCUACGAUAACUUGACAUGUGAAAAGGGAAUUGUUAAAAGCGAUGUUGUUAUCAAGGCUACACAACAGCAGGAUGGGGACAAGCGCGAUCUUGCAACCGGCGAGGUUAUAUUCUCAGGUGACAAACUUUUCUGGACACAAGGCGUCUUCGAAUUCCGCUAUCAUCAUAAUGCCAAACAUAACGUCAUGGCAAUCUCCAGACCAUUUGAGAUUCGCAUUGGUCGAUAUGAAGAGGAGGAUGACCAUGAACUUACACAAGCGUCCGUGGAGAAGAGCCUCUUACCCGUCAUCCGCAGCUGCUUCGAUCGGGAUCCGGAGAUCGCUCCAGAGGCCGUAGACGAGCCGUUCGGAAGUCUGGUGGAGCGCGACGGUAAAUUCGCUAAGCGGGUUGUAUUCGCCGUACACCAAAUGUUUGGUGUUGAAUUCGCACCUGGAGUUGUUCAGGCCGAUGGGACUGUCCGCAACCUCGCCUGGAGGGUGUGCAAUGCGAAGAGGGUCCUGGCUCCUUACAGCAUGUCAAGAAACGGCGCGUCCACCCCGACCGAGAGGAAAGAGUAA